AUGACAUUAGAAUAUUACAAUGAACAUAAAGAUGAACUUAAAGGAGAUAAAGGAGAUGCGGGACCUCAAGGUCCUCAAGGAAUUCAAGGUCCACAAGGUAAAAAUGGCUUAGAUGGCAAAAAUGGUGAAGAUGGAAGUGCUGCAAAAACAUGGAUAUGGGACUUAAUAAAUACUGAUUUAACAACAGCUUCAUAUUGA